UGGGAGCCCUCGGUGCCGGUCCUUCAAUUAGAUUUAGCUUCAAAAUGAGCGUUCCAGACAGUUUAAAGUUCAACAAAGUUUUGUUCGAUGUGUGGAAAGUUGGUUUUGCUCUCAGUGAGUCUGGUGUUUGUUGCCAGGAAGUGAAGUUGGAAUGAUUCCGUUGCUGUUUGCUCUUUGUACAGUUGUGUCGGCGGUGAACUGGGAUGCGCCGCCGCUGUAUGACCCCGUAUGGCUGGCUAGUGUGCAACUGUACCCACCUGCUCCUGCCCUCAAUGACACCCGUUUUUGGGGUUCUGGAUGGGUCAACGAUGCUGAUGUUGAAUUCAGACUGUUUACAAGGCGAAACCCGUUCGAUUUUCAAGUGUUAACAACCAACGAUUCUGCAUCUCUACACCAAUCAAAUUUCGACUUUAGCAAAAAAGUGAAAGUGCUAACUCAUGGUUGGCUAAACCAUGGGUACAGUCCUAUGCCAGAGUCUAUCAAAGAAGCUUACCUUAAUGUGAGCGACCUCAACAUCAUUGUGGUGGAUUGGGGUGUCGCAGCCAACGUUAACUAUAUCUUGGCCAGUUACAACGUGGCGUCAGUUGGCCGUCUUCUCACGGAGUUCCUUAACUUUCUCAUUGAAGAGGGCGUUUCUAUGGAUGAUGUCCAUCUUAUUGGCCACAGCUUGGGAGCUCAUGUAGUAGGCAUAGCUGGAGCUUACAUUAAGAAGGGACCUAUUGAUACUAUUACUGGUUUGGAUCCAGCGUUGCCGUUAUUUACGCUUGGUAACAAGGACGCUCGGUUGGACAAACACGACGCUCGUCACGUGGAGGUCAUACACACUUGUGGAGGUUACCUCGGGUUCGCGUCUCCUCUUGGUCAUAUUGACUUCUAUCCGAAUGGAGGCACUCGACAGCCUGGCUGUGGGACUGACUUUAGAGGUUUCUGUGCCCACAAUCGUGCCCACAUGUACUUCUCGGAGUCCAUCAUAUCUGACGUGCCGUUCACAGCGGUCCGGUGUGAGAGCUACGAUGAGUUGUACUACUCAGGAACUUGUAAGGGAACUGGAGAAACUCUUGUCAUGGGCGGAUUUGAUAUUCAUUAUGGGAAGGAUGGUGUGUACUACCUAAGGACAAACGCUGAGAAACCCUUCGCGCUGGGGGAUGGUGACCCAACAUGAAUUACGAUCAAAUAUUUAUAUCCCGCUUUGCCAACUUCGCUAAUAAAUUAAAAUUUCAAAGAAAUUAUUACGGGGAGGUCGCCUUUUUUCGCGACCACCGCUGUCACGACUGUGUCGUUAAAUAAUUAAAAUGGCCCCGUUGCUGAAAACUUGCUUUGGGUAUCACCUGUCUGUGCAUUUUACCUAAUGUUGUAAAAUAAAUAUAAUGUAGCACCUUCCUAUUUAUAAACGGAUUUCCACUAAAAUAGUCAUAUAACUAUAUUUUUAAAUCUAAAAUCGUUUUUAUGGGCAGACUCUCCAUCGUACAAAAUAUAUUCGAUAAAAAUAUUGAAAUUUUUCUAUGUGAACGAACUUUGAUAGUUCGUUUUGCGCAAAAACAAAACGAGUGUUAAAAUUUUUAAUAAGUCCAUUUGAGUGCUGAAUUUUAGUCGAUGUUUUAAAAUAUGAAAUGACGCUAAAUAACGAGAGUUUCAAUUUAUAUGGGAAGUUGAUUUGGCUGGCAAAUCUCCAAAAGUUGGGCAACAACAAUUUGUUCUUUUGUAAAUGAGAAUUAAAUCGAGUCCGGACGUUUAUUUGUUGCAUAAUAAAGUGUAAAUUUUAUUGAGCUACGGACACUGGCACAUAACUAGUAGCUAUUUAUUAUUUAAAUUAUUUAUUGUACAUUUAAAUGUAAGCGAAUUAUUAUUUUUGUAUGUU